AUUUUUCCUCGUCGGGGGGUUUUUCGUUCUCCCAACAUCUCUCGUCCACAAUCGCCGACGGGGAAUUUUCCGAUUGUUUGCUUUAGUUGAAUGAAGAGAGCGACCAACUGAACGGGGACAAUUAGGAUUUGUAUUUUGAACUAGGAAGGGUAAUUUUUUUCCGCGAUGACGGCGGCUGCGGCGGUUGCUGGUUCGUCUUUCGGGUUAGUGAACAGAGGCGGCGGCGGCGGCGGGGGAAAGAAGGUGCUGAUAACGGGAGUGAGCCGAGGACUGGGUAGAGCGCUGGCAGUGGAAUUGGCGAAGAGAGGUCAUACAAUAAUCGGGUGUUCGCGAACUCAAGAUAAGCUGAAUGCGCUCACCUCCGACCUCGCAUCCUCCGACCGCCACCUCCUCCUCAACGCCGACAUCAGGUCCGACAGUAGUGUGGCAGAACUGGCUCGAGAGGUAACGGAGAAGAAGGGCGUUCCUGACAUCAUAGUGAACAAUGCAGGAACAAUUAACCAGAACAACAAGAUAUGGGAGGUGCCCCAGGAGGAAUUUGAUGCUGUGAUUGAUACCAAUGUGAAAGGGGUAACAAAUGUGUUGCGGCAUUUCAUCCCUCUAAUGCUUCCCAACAAGCAAGGGAUUAUUGUCAACAUGUCCUCUGGAUGGGGAAGAUCUGGUGCUGCACUGGUUGCACCUUAUUGUGCAUCGAAAUGGGCAAUCGAAGGUUUGUCAAGAUCAGUGGCAAAAGAGUUGCCUGAUGGGAUGGCAAUCAUUGCACUCAACCCAGGAGUGAUCCACACAGACAUGCUCUCCUCAUGCUUUGGCACUUCAGCUUCUCUUUACCAGGCUCCUGAUACAUGGGCAGUGAAGGCAGCUACCAUGAUUCUCAAUCUAACUGGUGCAGACAAUGGCGCUUCUCUCACAGUGUGAAAAAAUUAAUGGGACUACAGUUU